CAAGUCUUUUUGAUGUGAGAUUUAUUUAAAUUAUAAUUCUUGCAGAUUAAAGUGAACGUACUUGCGUUUGGUUUGUUUGUUUAUUGAAAAAAUGAAGCUCAAAACGCUGACGCCUGAUUAAGCUCUGCAGUGUUAUUCAGAAAUGUACUGCAACCGUUCCUGAUGUAUCUUUUCCAGAGUUUUAGAAAAUACUUAUUCACUCUCAUUGUAUCUUAAGAGUCUUGAAUAACACAUUCUCAGAUUCCCUAAGCCGUACGGCCGUACUCACAAGCGAGGGGUUUGUCACCGAGCCGUGAUGGCUGGAAGAGGUCGGGGACGUGCCUCAUUUACCUUUAACAUCGAGGCUCUUGGCCUGGGCAGGGGUGAAGCUCUACCGGAUGUUGCGUAUCAGCCACGGCAGGUAUACCCUACAACAGAUUACAAACCAUUGCCCUUGAAAACAGGAGAGGAUGAAGAUUAUAUGUUGGCCUUAAAACACGAGUUAAAAGAAACUAUGCAAUCGUUACCUUACCAUCUGGAUUUUCCGAGUCUGAAGAAAGAUGUAGCAAGAUACAAAGAAAAGUAUUUGCAGGAAUAUAAUAAAGAGUUGGCCAGCACCUGGACACCAGACUGGAGACGACUCCCAAGAGAGCUGAUGCCUAAAAGAAAAAAGAAAAGGAUAUCCAAUGUUAAAGCAAAACCAAAAAUUGCACCAAGUAAAGAAAAAGUGGACAUUGUUAGUAAAUUGGAGGAGCUGGAAAAGAAGGAUGAAGAAGGGAAGUCUGAUGGUGAAGGAGAAGAGAAGAAGAAAACAGAAGAGGAGGAGGAAGAACCAGCAGAGGAGGAGUAUGAUGAGGAGGAGUUUGAGGAGGAAAAUGACUACAUUGCUUCAUACUUUGAAGAUGGGGAUGACUUUGGCGGGGGCAGUGACGACAACGUUGAUGAAGCAACUUACUAACUGUACUGUGCAUUUACAUCUGUUUGCAUACAAUAGCUGCGGGCACUUCACAGUGAAUGGUUAUUUUAUGCUAUGAUGAUAAAUAUCAACAUAAAAAACAUCCUGUGCGGUUUGAGACACUUAGACAUAAUGUUUUGUGUUCAGUAUCCUCGAAUGCUAUUGAGAGUAUGACUCGUUUCAUGGUACAAAUGAGCCCCACUGUAACCCAUACAAUCAGCCACACAGCACCAGUGAGGAGCCUGCUUUCUAGAAUUCCAUUUCCAUGAGGUAUGUUUCCGGGUGUGUCUGACUAGCGAGUUUUGCAUGUUUGUACACAAUGCAAAUCGUAACCCUGUCCAAAAUGGCUUCGUUUAUGUCCAUGUCAUGAUAUUCCAGUUUAUUUAAAACUACAUUUGCACAGAUUGAAAGGGGUGGUUCAUUUCUCCAGAUUAUGCAUCUGUUAUGAAAAUCAUGUAAAGCUUCAUAUUAAUUUUGGGGAAAAAACUGUAUCCUACAGUCCUUGAAAUAUGAAAAAAAUACACCAUGCUCACUAAGUAAAACAGGUUAAUACAGUUACUGUAACUUGUGUUGUCUAGCAAGCUCAGCCCACAAGUCAGUUUUCAAACAUUCUACCUCUAAUAAUUUAAUAGCAUAUUGUAGAUAUUUAAAAACACUUCUUGUUUAACAUCUGUGCAUAUCUGUAUAUCUCUAUAUAAGUAAAAAGGUGCAAGGAUUCAUUGCAACUCCCAGCUUUUGCAUGGUUAUCUUUAAUAGACAGUCAUGGUGCAUUAGGUAUCUCUGAAAACUCUGCAGCUACAUGAACUUUGCAGGUAGUGUCUUUGCAAAAUGGUGUGCUUUGUGGCAGAGUCACUCAAUUGACUUUCACCUUAAACUCAAAUGGUGUUCUAUAGCAGCAUCUGCUGUGUAAAUAUGUUCUUUAAUGCACUUCCAGAGAUGGACUCGUACCCCACACAUCGGAUCCAUAGACAUAAAUGUGGGAGUCUGGCUGUGGAUGCUUUAUUUCUGAUUAAAAUAAACUAUGCAAUUUUUAUUUUAAUAUAAAUGGCAUUUUUUGAAAACUUGAGUAUUGCUGAAGCCAGUGGUAUCAAUUUGGAAAACACAAUUUAAGUUCUUAUGUUUGCAGACUGCCAAAAAUAAAAUGUUACAGAUUUAAGUGGUAUCUUGCUUUCCUUUCUAAUAUUUAACGUGGUGUUUUGGAUUGUAUUGGUUAUCUUUCAAAAGGUCUUUGCGACCGUCCCUGUUAUGUCAUGGGUGAACAACGACAGCUGGCAUUGAUCAUUUGCCUUUCAGUUGUAAGAAAAACAUUUCGACUGCUGGAAAGAAAUAAUUGUUUGUUUCUUAUUCUUGACCUUAAUAGGACCCCACUUACAGUGGUUACUGUACUGAGAAUGAGACAAAGUGAUGAUGUCAUCCGAUUCAUAACUGGACAAACAAGUGAAAGCUAGUGAUCUUAAGUGGUAUAAUUGCCAUAUUACGUUUAAUACUGUAUUACACAUAUCAAUAUUUCUUGGACAUCUACCAGCAGACAAACCAAGAAAAAAUCAGCUAAUCACUGUUAAUGAUUUGUUAAAAUAUUUUCUCAUGUAUAGAACAU